GCAAAGAGAAUGGCGACAAGUCUAGUGUGGCUGCUCCUGCCGCUGCUGUGCCAUGGCAUUGCCGGUCAGCAGCUGAUGUACGCGCGCGAUCAGCGCUCGCUCUACGAACUGCCGCCGCUGGACUGGAACACCGUGGGCAGCUUCAGCCCCAUUGGCCUGGGCCACAUGACCAAGGAUGAGCUGCUGACGCUGCUGGAGGCCUGGCAGGAUGUGGAGGCGGAAACAGCAACGCCAGCCCCUGAGCCGGCCGAGACGCCCGCACCGCCGACAAAGCGGCCCCGGAAGCCUCCAGCAACAGCUCCAGCACGACCACCACCACCGCCUCCUGCACCACCAGCUCCAGCACCGGAGCCAGCAGCGGAAGCCGAGCCACUUGCUCCUGGCAGACCUGUAACCGUGCGCCUGCCCGCCCUCCUGCCCGUCCAGCUCGCUGCCAUGUUCACGCCGCCCCUGGCAGGAGGAGGAGGAGGAGGCGUUGGCAUAGCGGGCGCAGCAGAGGUAUUGGGCGCAGCUGCGCCCGCCGACAUAGCUGCGACAGAGCUCGACCUGAUGGCCCAGUCCCAAGAGGACGCCGCUCCGCGUCUGUUCCAGUUCACGCAGCUGCCAAUGAUGGCGGCCCAGCAACGUUCCCGGCCCGCUCAGCCACCGCCAGUGGUGCGCAACACGUUGGAGAGCGUCGACACGGGCAUUGCGCCGCUGGCCAAUCUCGUCAAGGCCAAGUCGCUGAACGCCAGGCCAAAAGCCACGCCCAUAGCCAAAGAACUGCCCAUACACCAGGGGCCGCCGCUUAGGCCCAGAUUUUCGAUGCCGCCGUUGCCUUAUGUGGCCAAUGCGCCCGGUCGACUGGAGUUGGUGCCCUCAUCGCAGAUCAUUGGCGAUUGGCGCGAAUAA